CGGAUAAGCCCCCGCGCCGGCGCCUGCACACUGACCACGUCAGUUUCGCCAUGGCCACCUCCACCACCACGCUCCACCCGCCGCUGCGCGCUCCCCGCCAUCUCCGCCCGCUUCCACACUCGUAUUCCUCCUCGUUCUCCCGCACUCGCGGCCGCGCUCCUAUACGGGCCUCAGCGGCGUCCGCAUCCGCGCCGGCCCAGCGGGAGGCCGCCGCGGGCGUCCCGUGGGGCUGCGAGAUCGAGUCCCUGGAGAGCGCUGCGUCGCUGGAGCGGUGGCUCAUUGACUCGGGCCUACCGGAGCAACGCUUGGCCAUCCAACGUGUGGACAUCGGCGAGCGCGGCCUCGUCGCCCUUAAGAACAUACGCAAGGGAGAGAAGCUGCUCUUCGUGCCCCCUUCCCUAGUCAUCACCGCCGAUUCGGAGUGGGGCCGCCCUGAGGUGGGUGAGGUGAUGAAGAGGAACUCCGUGCCGGACUGGCCGCUUAUCGCCACUUACCUCAUAAGUGAAGCCAGUUUAGAGGGCUCAUCGAGGUGGAGCAGCUACAUAGCAGCGUUGCCGAGGCAGCCUUACUCGCUUUUAUACUGGACUCGUGCAGAGCUAGAUGCAUACUUGGUGGCCUCACCAAUCAGGAAACGUGCAAUUCAGAGGAUAACUGAUGUGAUUGGGACAUACAACGACCUUCGAGACCGUAUAUUUUCCAGGCAUUCAGAUUUGUUCCCUGAAGAGGUGUAUAACAUAGAGACAUUUCUAUGGUCCUUUGGGAUUCUGUUCUCACGCCUGGUUCGCUUGCCAUCAAUGGAUGAAAAGGUGGCACUAGUUCCUUGGGCAGAUAUGCUAAACCAUAGCCCUGAGGUGGAAACAUUCUUGGAUUUUGACAAGUCAUCGCAAGGAAUAGUUUUCACCACUGACCGCUCAUAUCAACCAGGUGAGCAGGUAUUUAUAUCUUAUGGGAAGAAAUCCAGUGGUGAGCUAUUGCUUUCAUAUGGUUUUGUUCCAAAAGAGGGAACAAACCCAAAUGAUUCGGUUGAACUGUUGGUGUCUCUUGAUAAGUCUGAUAAGUGCUAUAAGGAGAAAUUACAAGCACUGAAGCGAAACGGUUUGUCAGAAUCUGAAAGUUUCCCUUUGCGGGUCACAGGGUGGCCAGUUGAGCUGAUGGCUUAUGCCUUCCUUGUGGUCAGUCCACCUGACAUGAGUCAACACUUUGAGGAGAUGGCUGUUGCUGCAUCCAAUAAAAGUUCAUCCAAACCCAGAUUGAGUUACCCUGACCUGGAAGAACAGGCCCUUCAGUUUAUCUUGGACUGCUGUGAACCUAAUAUAGCAAAAUAUACAAAGUACUUAGAGGGUGGCGGUGGCUCUCCAGAAGUUUCAAUGAAUGCAAAACAAGCCAACAGAACAUUACUGCUAAAACAGGUAGCAAGAGAUCUGUGCAUCAGUGAACGGAGAAUCCUGUAUCGUACACAAUAUAUAUUGCGUAGAAGAUUGAGGGACAUGAGAGGUGGCGAACUUAGAGCUCUGUCAUUGUUCAAUGGGCUAAGAAAACUCUUUAAAUAAAUGGAUCGGCUAUCUUAUCUUGGCAGAUCUUACUGGAUCCAGUAACAUGGCGCUUUGACCUUACUGCCGAAGCCUCAUAUGUUUGUUUGCCAAAUCAGACUGCAGUCCAGGAUCUGGACCGCAAAUUUCAUCCUCGGAGAAACAUCUGGAUGCUAGAAACUAGUAAUUCUUCAAUGAAGGAUAGCUGUGCGUUGACAUUGAACAGCCCAGAGCUUAUAUGUAAAGAGUAAUCGGUGUAAUGUUGAUUCAAUUCAACCAUGGUGACCUGCAACUAUUAAGAAAGUCGUGAGUGGUAAACCCACAUGUUCACUUCUGUAAAUUUUUGCAUACAAUAUACUCAACCGCUACCACAUCUUUUCUUU